UUAGAAAACCCGUGCAGAGCGGAACCCAGAGGACAGCGCAGAGACAGCGCAAAAAACAAAAUUCGUCUUCGAUGGGCGGCCUGAAGCAUGUCGCCUCGACGCUGCGACCGCUAGCCAAGGGGCUGAGCCGUGCGCUCGAGGACAACCCGGUGGCGUCGUCGCUCUGCCUGGGCUGCGCGAGCGGCUGCGUCGGCGACGCGAUGGCGCAAAAAGCCGAAGGCCUCGCGGCGUUCGACUGGCGCCGAUCCCUGACCUACGUUGCGUGGACGCUGUUCGUCACUUUCGUCAUCGACCUGUACGUCUACGCGACGCUGUUCUCGAGGUGGUUCCCGCACGAAGCGGCCGACGGCUCGAAGCUGUGGCGCAACGUGGCCGCGGCCAUCGCCGCCGACAGCCUCCUGCUAUCGCCGCUUUUCUACUUCCCCUGCUUUUAUCUGUUCACGCACUCCCUCGUCCGGCGCGAGUCGCCCGCGCGGGCCCUGCGCCUCUACGCCGACGAGGCCGCGACGCAACUUCCCGUGCUCUGGGCCUUCUGGGUCCCCGCGAACGGCUUCAUGUUUGCCUGCGUCCCCGCGCACCUCCGCGUCGCCUACUGCACCGCCGCGGUCACGGGCUACGUCGCCGUGCUCUCGCGCGUCACGCAGCACCUCAUUAGGAAGCGCAAGACGGAGGCCGGGGCCGUGUAGUAAUAGUCCAUCCUUGUGAUGUGGGCC